AUGGAUAGCCAAGAUCCCAAAAAGAACCCUACACCUACACAUACACCAGGGCAUGAGAGCCAUGGAGUCUAUGUCUGUCACAAAUGUGGGUGGCCCUUUCCAAACCCACAUCCAAGUGCAAGACACAGGCGUGCACACAAGAAGAUCUGUGGAACUCUUGAAGGAUACAAGUUUGUUGACUCUCAGGAGACUUCACUCUCGGCUCUUUCUGACGAUGACCAUGUUUCUGAUGAAGAUCCUAAAACCCCUAGUCCGAAAGGUUUGGAGAGAACUAGUAAUGAGAAGGGUAGCGGUGGAUCAGUGGACAGAUCAAGUAAAUCAGAAGAUGAGGUUUUUAAGGAUGCCAACGCAGAAUUUCCUGAAAGCGGAUCUAGUUCGGGGAUGGGAGAGCAUAUGGGUGAUGUUAAAGAACCAGAAAUUAUCCUGGAAAUCAAUAGAGCUGCCACUCAAUCAUCCGAGGAUGGUUCAACUACUGUUACCAGCCCACCUCCAAGCAAUUCAGCCGACCACAUCCAAAUGCAAAGUACUGAAGUUCCAGUAAGUAAUCUGUCUGGAAGUGCACAUGGGUCCCUGGAGCAUGACUCGAAUGCUACCAUUGGCUCCAUGACUAGAUCUUUAACAGAAUGUAGAACUGAAGAAUCUGACUUUGAGCAUAGCCAUGAUAAUGGAGGUUCUGCACGUGACUCAAUCCCCAUCAAACUUGAAACACAAAUAGAUGCAUCACAAGAGUAUACGAAGAGUGGUACUUCUGAGGAUUUGCCAGAGACUGAUGCAAAAGGAAAUGAAGGAACUAAAUUAGACGGACGGCUAUCGGAUGUAGUGGUUUCAACCAAUGAAAAUGCAGAGGAUGCAUCUGAGGUGGCAUCCAAGUUACUGAAGCUGGAGGAUGUAACUUCACAGCCUGUGCCUGCUCCAGAAGUCCUUCAAUUGAAGGAAGGCCAUACAGAUGAUUUAGUCUCUGGAAUGUCUUCAAAUGAUCUCUCCCCUGAAGUUAAAUCAGUUGAACCUGUGCAUUCUUCUAUUGCUGCUACUCAAAUAGAGGGGGAUGCUGCUCAAGAAACGGACUCUGCUGUUUAUGUAAAUUCAACAGAGGGUUAUGCCAAUAAGGGAGAAGGGAAUGAAAAUGUGCACGUGGUUAUAGUUCCCAAUGACUUACCUGCUGUAGUUGAUGCCGAGAACAUGGUUAAAGGUUUUAAAGGACAUGAAGGAGGCAAAUUACCCCAACUUAUGAAUGUGGAUUCAUUUGAAGUAUUUAAAAAUAUUAAGGAUUCUGGCACUAAGGAUGAUCCUUCGGGUUUUAACUCAAGGCCAUUGACUGAGGGCACUGAAGUCUCUGCAUCAGAUGUGCAUGUUUUGGAUGAUAACCUUGAACCAAUAGAUGGGGCCAGCCAGCUUAUUGUUGAAGGAUUGCCUGAUGAAGCAGAAGCAGAUGUGCCCCAGAGGUCCGAAGUUGGUGUAACAGAUGUUGUGACAGGUACUUCUUCUCUGAAGAAGAGCAUCUCUGUUCAAUCUCCUGAAGAAGAGGUACCUCGUGAUCCUUGUGAAACUUCAUCUCUAACAAGUUCUAUAGAGCAUGCUACUGCAGCCAUAUCUGAUACUAACACUGUGGUUGUGCCAAUGGAUGCUGAAGUCAGGCAGAUAAACUUAGUUGGCAUGGAUGAUGCUGGUAAUGGUGAAAAAGAUAAAAUUGAAAGUUCUGAAAUAGCUGUAAAUGACGAAAAUGAAACAAAUACAGAUGAGAGUUUUGCAGAAAACAGAAUACCAACUUCUGAACAUACUAGUAUUCCCUCAGAACAAGUAGAUCACAGGAACAGCAUACUUGGAGAUGUCAAAGCUGCUGGGCUUGUAGAGGGUAAAAUAGAAAGAUGCAAUGUGUCUGAAAUUGAAACUGAAGGUGAUUCUGUAUCUGGAUUGGGGGAGGAAAAUCUCCUGAGGGAUCCAAAAACAACACCUGAACCUGCUGUCAAUGUUGAAUCCCAUACUACCCGAGAGAAUGAAAUUAAUGUGUGUGAGGGCAAGUUGCCAGAACAUGAACGCACAGAUUUAGGUAGAGUUUUGGAUCCUCAGGAAAGCAGAAAGGAACCUGAAAGCAACAGUAUGGCCAAUCUACGAGUUGAGCAUGCUGUCGAAGUUAGUGCAGCUGCUGAAUCAGAUAAUGUUGGAGAUGUUGAGGUAUUAUGGAAGUCUUCACAAGACAAAAUGGUGGGAGAGCCUCUAGUUUCUCCUUCAGUGACUUCAUCUUCCCUUCAAAAUUCUUCCCUUGUUGCAGAUAGUCAGACCAGAGAUUUUCUUGGAGUUGCAUCUGGGAAUCCACUUGAGUCUUUGCCUGAUGAAGGUGAUAAUAAUAACUUAGUUACGCAACAGGUUGUUGCAUCUGCUACUGACUUUUCAGUUGAUUCAAGUAGCCAAACUGAUAGUUUGGAAGGUCAUUGGGGUUCUGUUUCAGUGCUUUCAACCCAAUCGGAUAUACUGCCUGUACUUGAUGCUGAGCCUUUGCCAUCAAAUGGUUCCCAAGCAUUAUCAGAAGCAGAGAAAGCCAACUUGAAGAAGCCAAUAGCUGCUUCUGAGACAGAACAUGCUGAUAAAUCAGAUAUUUUUGAGCCCCCAUCUUUCAUGACUUUGGUUGAACCUAGAGAUGGAGUUAACCAGAAAGCUGCUGCAUCUGAUAUCCAUACAACACAGAACCUACAACAGCCAAAAGCUGCUUCUGUACAGGCUGGUUGGUUUCCUUCCAUUACUAAUGUUGUGAAUGAGUCACAGGGGAGAAAGAAGAAUGAGGAGAUUAUUGCCAAGGUCACAAACUGGAGCACGGGGAAACAACACCCUCCCUUGCAGAGCCAACAACAUACUCCUUUGAAGAGCCUUUUGGGUGAGGCAAGCAUGGAAACUAAAUCUAAGUCACCAAAUGCUAAGGAAAUACCAGUUGAAAAAGGUGACCCCACUGCUAAAGAUAAUGGUGCUUUGUCUAAAACAGCGAGCUCGAUUCUGGUUCCUCAAGAACCAGUAGGUGAGCCUGUCAAGGAAGAAGAGAAAGCAUGGAGUUCUCCAGCAAGGUAUCCUGCAGAUAUUAAGAGGGAAAAGAGGAAAGUCAAGGGAAGACCAUACUGGGCCCAAUUUGUUUGUUGCUCAUCUGUAAACUAG